CUCCACUUGGGCUUCACAGCUUGAGGGCUGGCAAAAUGGCAAGGCUGUUGCUCUGGACUGGUUUGAUCCUCCUGCUCCAGCUCCAGCUGGGUCCGGCCUCCAAACUGGUGUGUUACUUCACCAGCUGGUCCCGGCAACGCCCAAGCCCGGCCUCCUUCUUCCCCAACGAUGUGGACCCCUAUCUCUGCACCCACGUGGUGUACGCCUUUGCCUCAAUGAAGGACAACAAAAUUGUCCCCAAAGAGAAGGAUGAUGAAAAGGAGAUCUACCCACAGCUCAUGAGCCUCAAAAAAAGAAACCCGGACCUGCGCAUCCUGCUGUCCAUUGGUGGCUGGUACUUUGGCACGAGCAGAUUCACCACCAUGAUGUCCACGUUCCAGAACCGGCAGGCCUUCAUCGCCUCCGUCCUGGUGUUGCUGCGCGCGCACGGCUUCGACGGCCUGGACCUCUUCUUCCUGUACCCAACGCAGAGGGGCAGUCCCAGCCGGGACCGGGCCCUUUUCACCGAACUGAUUCAAGAACUCACUGUCACCUUCUAUGAGGAGGCUAACAACACUGGGCAGAGGAGGCUGCUGCUCACCGCCGCUGUGUCUGGUAACCGGGACAUCAUCAAAGUUGCCUACCAGGUGGUCAGCAUUGCCAGACUUCUGGACUAUAUCAGUGUCUUGACUUAUGAUUUCCAUGGAAGUUGGGAGUCUGUUACUGGGCACAACAGCCCCCUCUAUGGAAUGAAUUUUGGAAGCAAACCAAUAGACUAUUUAAAUUGUGAAUAUGCCAUGAAGCUAUGGGAAAAGCAAGGAGCUCCUCCAGAGAAGCUCAUCAUGGGAUUUCCUACCUAUGGACGUACCUUUGACAUCCUGUUCUCCAGCAGGGAGCUAAGGGCUCCUGCUUUUGGGCCAGCACCUGCUGGGAAUUACACCAAGGAAGCUGGUGUAUGGGCUUAUUAUGAGAUCUGUCCGUUCCUUAAGACGGCCACGAAGAGAUGGAUUGAUGUACAAAAAGUCCCCUAUGCCCAUACGCAGAAGUAUUGGGUUGGCUAUGAUGAUGUGCGCAGCUUUGCUUACAAAACGGCGUUCAUAAAGAUGAAAAACUAUGGGGGAGCCAUGGUGUGGACCCUGGAUUUUGAUGACUUCAAGGGCACAUUUUGUGAGCAGGGCCCCUAUCCCCUUGUGAAGACAAUAAAACAAAUCCUGUUUUUCCAGAUCAACGCAACCCCUCCCCCGCGAGUGACUCUUUUCUCCCGCGGGCGGGAGACUUCUCCCCGGGCAGAAAUGCGCUCUCCCACCCUUACCUUCCUCGUUGCCUUGAAGAGCGCCACCUCUGCCUAUGGUCUCCACACUGGGCCCGGCAUGCUGACCGCCGAUUCCCAGAGCACGUCCUCAGCCGCCGGGGGCGCUAUGGCUCGGUCUGCCCGCAGCAUCCCUCCCCGGGCCACCGUGGAGGGGACCAGCCUGGCUCCCGGCGAGCCCACUACUCCCCAGGACGCCGUGAGCAGCCCCUCGGCGGGCCCUUCGGCUGGCCUUCCGACCUGGACGCCGGGACCCCAGGCCACAAGCUACAACGCUACUCUGUAGGGAAGAGGAGGGAGCCCCGGGUCCGGCCCGAGCCGCCCGGGAGGGCAGCAGGCGGCAAGCCCCGAAGCCCCCCCCCCCUUUUUUUUUUUACCAAUAAAAGCAUAUGGCAUAAGAA